AUGGCAGCGCAGGACUACUAUAUGGGCACACAGCCCGUCCAUGAACUUCCAGGAAGUCACCCACCAAAUGUAUACCAGUCACAUUCAUCAAAACCACCGCUAUACCAGCAACCACCGGCAUCACCGUACAUGAACACGCCGCCUCCAUCAUACUCUGCGCAUCCUCAUCUACCACCACCACCGAAACAACACAAUACCUACACACCCCACCAACCCUACCCCGAAAAACCAUCUCAACAACAAGCUAUGAUGGCACCUUACCCCCAAACACCACCACCAGGCAGCUACUUCGCCUCCCCACCACCACUCCCGCAACCACAACCCCAACUCCACCGCCAACACAGCAGCUACCUCAACGCCCGCCUCCAACCCACCAGAAGCCACUCGCAACCCGCCCGCCAACGACACAACCCAAACCACCAUCACCCGCGAUCCCGAGACCGCACGUACGAUUCGGACCACAGCGAUCGUGAUCGCUCGUCCUCGCGCCACCACCACCACCACCACAGCCACUCCCACUCCCACUCGCGGCGCUACAAACCGCACAAAUCGCACUCUUACGACAAAGCGCACGAGGAGUCGCAUAAAACGCGCGACACGUUCCUUGGAGCGGGCGCAGGCACAAUUAUCGGUGAUGCCAUUUUUCCGGGUUUGGGUACCGCGGCGGGACUGGUGCUGGGAGGGUAUGGGGGCCGCAAGUAUGCGCUUGAGAAGAGGAGGGGGGAGGAGGAGCAGCAGCAGCAGCAGGGGGGGAGUGAUGGGGAAAGAGGAGCAGGUAGUAGUAGUAGAAGGAAGAAUAGGUGGCAGGAAGGGUGUAGGGUGGGGAGGAAGGGUGCCGGUGUACGAUAA